UUUGGCCUAUUGUUUUGGCCUCUGCUUGUUUGGUUCUUUCUUUCUUUCAUUGAUUUUUUUUGCUUUGUAUUUUGAUGGGAAUUAAAAAUGUGAAAAGCAAAAGGAAAAAAAAAGUUUGCUAAAAGAUAAUGGUAGUGGAAUCAAUAGUGAAGUGCAAGGGAAAGCUAGAAACCAAAAGCAAAACCACAUGGAAUUUGUGGGGAUCAACCAAAACAUAUAGAAAUCAAACACCAGCAUUCUCAGAUCUCUAGGAUCUCAGAAUUUUAGGAAAUAUGGCUGCUUGUUUCUCGAGAAAAUUCUCUUCUUCUAGCUUUUUGUCUUAGCUCAUUUGGUGCUCAUUCUACUACUUACCUUUUGAUUCGUCUUCCCUCCUUCUGGCCUUCUGUCAUUUGCUAUAUAGAAGUCUUUUUGGCAUCUGGGUAUUAAUCAAGAAGCAGUUUUGAUUUUGUUUUUGAAGUGGAAAGGUUUAAAAAAAAGAAGAAAAAAAGGAAGUUCCUUAAAAGGGUAAUGGUGGGUUCAGCUUAUGUGUUUCUGAUUCUGAAAGUGACAUCUUUUGCUUGCAUAAGGCAAGGAUAGAAACUUCAGCUUUAUGUGAAUGAUGGCUGGUCCGUGCUGUGCUGAUCAUAGGGUAUUGGUUUUUGAGAGAAAGUAGAGUUUGAAGAACUGAGAGACUGUAUAGUUUAACAGUGUGGAAAUGAAGAGUUUGAUGCUGUUUAGACUGGGCUUACUGGUUUUGGCAUUGAUGGGGAUUUCCUCUGCUACUCUUUCUCCUACUGGUAUAAACUAUGAAGUGGUUGCUUUAACGGCCAUUAAAUCGAAUCUACACGACCCGUAUAAUGUUCUGGAGAAUUGGGAUUUGAAUUCUGUUGAUCCAUGUAGUUGGAGGAUGGUUACUUGUUCUCCAGAUGGCUAUGUUUUUGCUCUGGGACUUCCUAGUCAGAGCAUAUCUGGGACCUUAUCUCCCUCGAUUGGGAACCUUAGCAACCUGCAGUCAGUGUUGCUUCAGAAUAAUGCUAUUUCAGGUCCAAUUCCAGCUACCAUUGGGAAGUUAGAGAAGCUCCAGACUCUAGAUCUGUCCAACAAUACUUUCAGUGGUGAAAUACCCACUUCCUUGGGAGACCUGAAAAACCUAAAUUAUUUGCGGUUAAACAACAAUAGCCUUACUGGAACAUGCCCAGAUUCUUUGUCAAACAUUGGAGGUCUUACUCUUGUGGACCUGUCAUAUAAUAAUCUGAGUGGUUCCCUGCCAAAAAUAUCGGCAAGGAAUUUCAAAGUUAUUGGCAACCCUUUAAUUUGUGGACAUAAAGCAGGCAACAAUUGUUCUGCUGUCUUUCCAGAGCCUCUUUCUCUCCCACCAGCUGGUCUAGAAGGUGACUAUCACUGUGUUACAGAUGCAGUUUCUUUUCAAUAUUUUGACAUUUCUCUUCUGCAUUAUAGUUUAAUUCCAUGUUUGAAUAUCUGGAUCUUUGAUUUCUUAGCUCAAUCAGACUCUGGAUCAAAAGGCCAUCGUGUAGCCGUUGGCUUUGGUGCUAGCUUUGGUCCUGCUUUUUUCAUCAUAUUGUUUAUAGGAUUACUUGUUUGGUGGCGAUAUAGACACAAGCAGCAGAUUUUCUUUGAUGUUAAUGAAAAAUAUGACCCGGAAGUAUGCUUGGGCCAUUUGAAAAGGUAUACAUUUAAGGAGCUUAGGGCUGCUACCAACCAUUUCAACUCAAGGAAUAUUCUUGGGAGAGGUGGAUUUGGGAUAGUGUACAAGGGAUGCUUGAAUGAUGGGACUUUGGUGGCUGUUAAAAGACUGAAGGACUAUAACAUAGCUGGUGGCGAAAUCCAAUUUCAGACUGAAGUAAAGACAAUAAGUUUAGCCGUCCAUCGGAAUCUUCUCAGGCUGUCUGGAUUCUGCACGACUGAGAAUGAAAGGCUCCUAGUUUACCCCUAUAUGCCAAAUGGCAGUGUAGCGUCCAGACUAAGAGAUCACAUUCAUGGUCGGCCAGCUUUAGACUGGGCAAGACGGAAGAGGAUAGCCCUGGGUACAGCUAGGGGGCUUCUAUAUUUGCAUGAACAGUGUGACCCUAAAAUUAUUCAUCGUGAUGUCAAAGCUGCCAACAUUUUGUUGGAUGAAGACUUUGAGGCAGUUGUUGGAGAUUUUGGGUUGGCAAAGCUUUUAGAUCACCGAGAUUCUCAUGUUACUACAGAAGUUUGUGGUACCGUGGGUCACAUUGCUCCUGAGUAUUUAUCAACAGGCAAGUCAUCAGAGAAGACAGAUGUAUUUGGGUUUGGGAUCCUGCUUCUUGAGCUAAUCACAGGUCAGAGGGCCUUGGAUUUUGGACGAGCAGCAAACCAGAAGGGUGUAAUGCUUGAUUGGGUAAAGAAGCUACACCAGGAAGGUAAACUAAGCCUGCUGGUGGAUAAGGACAUAAAGGGCAAUUUUGACAGAAUUGAGUUAGAAGAAAUGGUUCAAGUUGCCCUUUUUUGCAGUCAAUUUAAUCCUCUACACCGUCCAAGGAUGUCUGAAGUGUUGAGGACGCUAGAAGGUGAUGGUUUAGCCGAGAAAUGGGAGGCCUUGCAAAAGGUUGAGACACCAAGGUUCCGAUCAUGUGAUAACCCUCCCCAAAGAUACUCUGAUUUUAUAGAAGAAUCUUCACUCGUGGUAGCAGCCAUGGAGCUUUCUGGUCCUAGGUGACAAAUGUUUGCCUUAAAGUUGGGUGCCCACUCAAUUGCAGAGCUGUGAAAUGCGAAAAAUAUGUGAUUGGUUUUCAUAGUUGUUGAAUCCUUGUAUUCAUCUGUAAAAAAUGAAAGAAAAUGAAGGUCAUGUAUAAGCUUCUUGUUCAUUACUAGAAAAUGAGUGAGUCGGUUGAGCUUUGUCAAAAAAUUUUGGAAAAAAUGUUGGAAAUAUAUAGUAUCUACUUGCUCCGUCUGCUCUUGCAGUAGGUUUUCUUCCCCAAUCAAUCUGAUACCACUCAUUUUACAAUAUUCCUUUUCAGCAUAGAUAUCGACUAAAACAUUGAAGUUUAACCAGUGGAGACAGCAUUUUCAAUAAAGAAAAUCUUAAUUAAUUUCAAGGUAAAAAUGUUGCGAUCAAACCAACUUCUGGAGGUAGGACCAAAUCAUCACUUAUUCAACCAGUAGGUCCGGUUCGAUUAUUAAAACAUUGAUUAUUAUAGGAGGAGGCAUGCCAAGUGCAGCAGCUCGGAUGAAAAGUAAGAAUUGGG